CGUAUAUAUAUAAAUAUUUACAUUUCUUAUUUCUUUUUUAUUUUACAUUGAGUCAAAACGUAAACGCAACACGUAAAAUGUCAACAACAAAUUUUUAUAUAAAUGAGUGACAACGCAGAGAAAAAUCCCAUCCCCGCUUGAUAUGAUAAUCUUUUGUUAAAACAAAGCUGAAAUUUUGCGACAAAAUGUAAAAAAAAUUAUUUUAGAGUAUUGUUGUUAUCACAGUUGCCAUCAAAAAAUGCCACGAUUAAGAAGCCAACGUCAAGCAAAUUAAAAUAUAAUUUUAUUUUAAAACACUUUUAUUGCACCAAAAAUUAAGAUUUUCAGUUGAAUUUCGGCGCUCCGUUUACACGCUUCGAAAUGCUGCCCAUUUGCGGUCAAACGAGAUUUCGCAUUUUUCUUUUGGUAUCGGUGGCGCUAAUAUUAUUGACGCUUGCAGUUAUCGGCGGCGCUGCAUUAGCGAGCGUAAUUAAUCAGAGUGCAUCACACGUCGCGACGCCGUCGGCGCCCAGCUGUGCUGCGUCGCUUGUGGGGCGUGCGGAUACGCUUGUUAGCAGUCUCUUUGCAGCGAUAAGUGCAGCGAAUUGUGAUCUGACUCGUGCUGACCAAUGGCCAGCAGACUUUGCGGAUGAGGCGCUCAAAAAUGGCCUAGCGAAGUAUGAUUUCAUUAUUGUCGGGGCUGGUACAGCGGGCUCCGUGGUGGCUAGUCGUUUAACGGAAAAUGCGCGUAUAAAAGUAUUACUCUUGGAAGCUGGUGCAGAUCCACCAAUAGAAUCGGAGAUGUUCACGCUAAGCCCUACGCUACAUCAUAGUCCAUACACUUGGACAGACUUCGCUGAGCCCAACCCAAACUGUUGCCAAGGCAUGCGAGAUGGACGUUGCUAUUGGCCACGUGGUAAGAUGCUUGGCGGCUCUGGCUCAAUGAGUGGCAGCAUUUUCUUGUUGGGCAACAGAGAAGACUACGAACGUUGGCAACAAAUGGGUUGCGAUGAUUGGUCGUGGGAAGAAAUGCUGCGCUUGUACGAAGAGGCAGCAACACAAGACGAGGCAGAUGAAGAAUCAGUGGGGAAAUUGGUGUUAAAUUACUUUCAGCACCUUGAAGAGCAUAACGAAUUAGCACAGCUUGUGCUGAAUGCUAGUUACGAGCUGGGCUUACCCUACCUAUCUGAUUUGUCAGCGGGUACAGGUAUUGGCUACACGGACGCUAUACCAGCGAAUAUAGUAAAAGGAAGACGUAUGAGCAUUGCGAAAACCUACUUAGGGCAAGUAGCACGGAUCAGACCAAAUUUGCAUACGAUUAAAAAUGCAGUGGCUACAAAAAUACUCUUUUCUCCGGAAAACCGAAAAAAGGUGGUGGGCGUUGAAUUCACUGUGCGUGAGCGCCAUCGUUUAAAAGCUUACGCAAUGAGUGACGUGCUGGUCGCAGCUGGUGCAAUAAAUUCACCAAAAUUACUGCUUCAGUCCGGAAUAGGACCGCGAGCGCAUUUAAAUGAGCUUGGCAUACAACCAGUGGCGGAUCUUCCCGUUGGUAAUAAUCUACAUGAUCAUGGUAUGAUGCCUUUAAUGCUCACUUUCGAACGUGAAUUCAAUUUGGGCUUUGAGCGUGCACCAAGUAUGAAUGCACCACAAAGUGUUGCAGAUUAUUUCCUGCAUCAAACAGGUCCGCUCGCUGCCAGCACCAGUAUAAUGGGUUUCAUUAACAGCAACUUCAACAGUGCCGCACAAUUUCCCGAUUUACAUUUGGUCUCCCACUCGAUAGUGCCUGCGAGCGAGACCGAUAGCUUUAAAUUUCUCCAACUGAGCGGCGAAAUAGUCACUGGCAUUUCACGCGCUGCGCAAAAUCGUACCCUCCUGCAAAUCUACGGUUCGUUACUACGUCCGCGUUCCCGCGGUAAAGUGCGCCUACGCUCUGUUGAUCCUCAAGCGCCGCCCGUAAUAUACAAUAACUAUGCCGGAGAGCGCGCUGACCAGCUGACGCUACUUCGUUAUGUGCGCUUCGUGCAACGCAUGAGCACCACUGCAGCCUUCAGGCAAUAUGGCUUGAAACUCCUGCAUGUGCCUAUUAAGCAAUGUGAUAAUAUAGCUUACGACACGGACGGUUAUUGGUUGUGCUACAUUAAGUAUAUGUAUAUAGGUGCCUGGCAUCCGGUGGGUACGUGCCGCAUGGGCGCAAAGCAUGACACUCAGGCAGUCGUUGAUCAGCGUCUGCGCGUGCGUGGUGUGAAAGGUUUACGUGUUGUGGAUGCGAGUAUAAUGCCGGAAAUAACCAGCGGUAAUACCAAUGGACCAACUACGUUGAUAGCUGAAAAGGCGGCUGUUAUGAUAGAGGAUGAUUGGAAGGAUUCUCUAGCGUAAUCGAUGCGGGCGGUUUGAAGUGCUUAGAAGCUCAGAGUAUUAAAAAUUGUUUAAGAUAGUUUAAAAAAUAGAAUUACAGAAGCAUUUUUUUUUUUUUUUUAAAUAUGUUAGAUAAUUUAUAGGAACCGUUAAAAUCCAAACCUCAGAAUAAAACAUGAAAAUAUCUA